CAACGUUCUCCUUUUUGACUGCCCAAAAAAAUUCUCUAGGGUUUGACUGUCCAAAUUCCAAAGCCGUCAUCAAUUCCCACUUCUCUAGGGUUUGAGGAAAAGCUUUUAUCAAUCACCAGUUCCCGGUUCCCCUUCCAUCACUCCCAAUGGCGAAUUCCCAGGACUCUGGCCGUCAAGCCGUCCACCUCCUCCUCGUCCCGCUCCCGGCUCAGGGCCACCUAAUCCCCCUCCUCGACCUCGCCCACCAACUCUCCAACCGCUUCGCCGCCGCCGGCGCCACCCUCUCCCUCACCGUCCUCGUCACCCCGGCCAACCUCCCCCUCCUUGACUCCUUCCUCUCUGCCGUCCCCUCCGCCCGCCCCCUCGCCCUUCCCCUCCCGGCCCACUCUUCCUUCCCGGCAGGCGUCGAGCACAUACGCGACCUCCCUCCCCAGGGCUCUGCCGCCGCCCUCAUCCGCGCCCUCUCCCUCCUCAGCCCCGACGUCCUCCGCUGGGCCCGAUCCCAUCCCCAACCCCCCUCCGUCCUCCUCUCCGACUUCUUCCUCGGCUGGACCAACCGCCUCGCCGCCGACCUCGCAGUCCCACAGAUCGUCUUCUACUCCUCCGGCGCCUUCGCCGUCUCGGCCAUCGACCACCUCUGGCCCCGCAUGCCACGCCGCGAGGACGGCGACGGCCCCGACGCCCUUACCGUCCUCUCGGACCUCCCCUCUUCUCCGGUCUUCCCCUUCGAUCACCUCCCCGGCGUUUGGCGCCGGUUCAGGGCCGGUGACCCGGACUGGGAGUUUGUGCGGGAGGGGUUCCUCACCAACGUCACCGGCAGCUGGGGGGCCGCCAUCAACACCUUCGACGCCCUUGAGGGCCCCUUCCUCGCCCACCUAAAGCGGGCCUAUCGCCGCGUAUGGGCGGUGGGGCCCAUCUCCCCGGCCGGUCCCGCGACGGGGCGGGGUGGCCGGAGCUCCGUCCCGGAGGAAGAGGUGGCGGCUUGGCUGGACGCUUGCCCGCCGCGGUCGGUGGUGUACGUCUGCUUCGGGAGCCAGUACACGCCGAAAGAAAAGCAGGGGCUGGCGCUGGCGGCGGCGCUGGAGCGCAGCGGUGCGCGGUUCGUGUGGGCCGCCGGCAGCGGCGGUGCGGUGGUGCCGGAGGGUUUCGAGGGGCGGGUGGCGGGGCGGGGGCUGGUGGUGCGGGGCUGGGCACCGCAGGUGGAGAUACUGAACCACCGGGCGGUGGGGGCGUUCGUGACGCAUUGCGGGUGGAACUCGGUGCUGGAGGCGGCGGUGGCGGGAGUGGCGCUGCUGGCAUGGCCGAUGGGGGCGGACCAGUUCGUGAACGCGAGGCUGCUGGUGGAGGAGUUGGGGGUGGCGGUGAGGGUCGGGGAGGCGGUGGAGGGGACGCCGGAGCCGGAGGAGCUGGCGAGGGUGAUGGCGGAGGCGGUGGCGGAAGGGGCGUGGCCGGAGAUGAGGGCCCGGGUGGCGGAGCUGGGGAGGAAGGCGGCGGAGGCGGUGGCAGAAGGGGGGAGCUCGUAUCGGGAUCUGGAGCAGAUGGUCAAGGACCUCUCCGAGCUGCCUCCGUAGAGGUGAAGUGGUCUAUAAAUUAAACUUAUAUUUGGGAUACAUGGAUGUAUCGUGAAGUACGGAUUAUGACCUCUCUAUUUCAUGAAAUAGUUUUCUUUUGAUAUUUGAUUGAAGAAAUAAAAAGGAAGAAGUAAGUUUAUCCAUUGUCGUGAUUAAUUGGAUUUUAUCAUAUAUAUGAAAUUAUCUUUCUCUUUUUAAUAUA